CGCUGGGGCACGUGACGCCCUUCUGCAGGGGACGUGACGGGCACGUGUGGGAUGGGUCCUUCCCUGUGGGUGGAGGGAACACGCAGAUCACGACUUGCUGGGGCUUUUGAAUGCUGACAAGGUCAGCACUGCGUGUUUCCAGGACGCCCAAUAGACCGGCGCGCGUCACCGUCCAGUAGGGUGGUCACCUCGACCCAGCUGUGCGUGGCAACACUCAUCCAUGCGGUUCCUGGCCCGGCUCCGUGACGGGCACUCCCGCCAUCCUCACGCCACCCUGGAGGAGCUGGCGGCAACCGGAGGGGACGGGGAGGGGCAGUGAGGCGGAGAGGUGGCCUGGGCACCCCAGGCGCAGAGCUGAGAAGCAGCCGGAGGUGUAAACUGGUGGUGGGCUGAAGCUUUGAUUCGGUGGAGACUGGACUUCAGUUCCCGAAAAUGACUCUUGUGAUAGGAAGCGGGCAGCGGGUCAGCAUGGCCUCGCCAUCAGCGCAGCAGCUGGAGGAGGACGAUGGCCUGAGGGGCUGCGAGCUCUACGUGCAGAAGCACAGCGUCCAGCAGGUGCUCAAGGACUGCAUCGUGCAGCUGUGCAUCGCCAAGCCCGAGCGCCCCAUGAGGUUCCUGCGGGAGCACUUCGAGAAGCUGGAGAAGGAAGAAAAUAGACAGAUCCUGGCCCAGCAGAAGGCAGCCUCCCAGUCGGACUCACACGAUGAGGACGUGUCCCCGUCGCCGCCCAACCCUGUGGUGCAAGCCCGCCACCGGCGCGGGGGUGUGAGCGCCGAGGUGUACACGGAGGAGGACGCUGUGUCCUAUGUGCGGAAGGUCAUCCCCAAGGACUACAAGACCAUGACGGCGCUGGCCAAAGCCAUCUCCAGGAACGUGCUCUUCGCGCACCUGGACGACAGUGAGAGGAGGUGUCUCAGCACCGUGAGAUGCAACGUGUCCGCCUGGGAAGAAGCAGAAAGCAGGUCAAGGCUGGCUGCUGCGCCCAGCGGAGACGGUCACGAUCUCUUGUGUGUUUUUGACAUAUUCGAUGCCAUGUUCCCCGUCACGCACAUCGCUGGGGAGACCGUCAUCCAGCAAGGGGACGAAGGGGAUAACUUCUAUGUAAUUGACCAAGGAGAAGUGGACGUGUAUGUGAAUGGAGAGUGGGUGACCAGCAUCAGUGAAGGCGGCAGCUUCGGGGAGCUGGCCCUCAUCUACGGCACCCCCAGGGCAGCAACCGUGAAGGCCAAGACGGACCUCAAGCUCUGGGGCAUCGACCGGGACAGCUACCGGCGCAUCCUCAUGGGCAGCACGCUGAGGAAGCGCAGGAUGUACGAGGAGUUUCUCAGCAAGGUCUCCAUCCUGGAGUCCCUGGAGAAGUGGGAACGCCUGACCGUGGCCGACGCCCUGGAGCCCGUGCAGUUUGAAGACGGAGAGAAGAUAGUGGUCCAGGGCGAGCCUGGGGAUGACUUCUUCAUCAUCACGGAGGCCCACCACCACGUGUCCUCGCCCUUGAGAAUCGCAGGGUCUCUUAGGAGGCGGCAUCGGGCCCCCGCGCCCACACGCUUGCAGAUGCUGCACGGACUGAACACGCCAGGCAUGCAGGGCACGGCCUCCGUCCUGCAGCGCCGGUCCCCCAGCGAGGAGUACGUGGAGGUGGGGCGCCUCGGGCCCUCCGACUAUUUCGGGGAGAUCGCGCUGCUGCUGAACCGGCCCCGGGCGGCCACGGUGGUGGCGCGGGGGCCCCUCAAGUGCGUGAAGCUGGACCGGCCCCGCUUCGAGCGCGUGCUGGGCCCCUGCUCCGAGAUCCUCAAGAGGAACAUCCAGCGCUACAACAGCUUCAUCUCCCUCACCGUCUGAGUGGCGCCCCGCUCUGCGCGAUGUGUCUGUGCGUGUGUGUCCCUGUGCG